AUGUUUUUUGUCCGCAACAAAGACAACAGCCUCCGCCCUAUAAUCGACUACAGAGCUCUCAACUCCAUUACAGUGAAGAACCGUUACCCUUUACCCCUCAUCCAAGAACUCAUCGAAAGAUUGCAGACCGCCAAGAUAUAUACCAAAUUGGAUUUAAAGGGGGCAUACAACUUAAUUCGUAUGAGGGCUGGUGAUGAAUGGAAAACGGCCUUUAGGACCAGGUAUGGACUGUUCGAGUACUUGGUUAUGCCGUUUGGACUGAGCAACGCCCCUGCCACAUUCCAAUUCUUUAUCAAUUAUAUAUUUAGGGAUCUUUUAGACAUUUGUGUGGUCAUCUACCUUGAUGACAUCCUCAUCUACUCGGACGAUCCGGUUGAACAUUGA